AUGGAGCUCGGUGUUUGGACCCAGGAUCCCAGCAAGGAGGCCGGCGACUUCGGAGAUCCCCUGGGCCUUGGCCAGUACAACGAGGACAUGAGGGCCAAGGAGAUCAACAACGGACGUUUUGCCAUGCAGAAGCCUUUUUUGUGCUGCAGCUGCGUGUCGCUUUCCAGACGCUAA